AUGGCAACCCCCGCCCUUGUGCUGGUGCUGGUGCUGGUGCUGGUGAUGGGGCUGCAGGUGGGCAAGAGAGAAGGAGUAGGCCAGCAGGUCUGCGCCAGACAGAGACCCAGGGAGCAGACCGGAGGAGAGCCAGGGCUAGUCAUGGCAGAGGCCAGCCCAGAGCAGCAGCCCACGACUGGGGUCACUGGAGCCGCACCGGCCCCUGGGGCUACCGGAGCCACUGGAGCCACCGACCCGGACGAAGACUCCCCCAACAUGAUCGUCUACAGGAAGAUCGAGGACAUCGUCACCAGGAUACAAGAUGAGACAGAGGGAGUGCCUAUCAGAACCGUCAAGAGCUUCCUGUCCAAGAUCCCCAGCGUUGUCACAGGUGCAGACAUUGUGCAGUGGCUGAUGAAGAACCUCAACAUCGAUGAUCCAGCCGAAGCCAUUCACAUCGGAAGCCUCGUCGCCGCCCAGGGCUACAUCUUCCCCAUCUCUGACCACGUCCUAACACUAAAGGAUGAUGGGACGUUCUACCGCUUCCAGGCUCCAUACUUCUGGCCCUCUAACUGCUGGGAGCCUGAAAACACAGACUACGCCAUUUAUCUGUGCAAGCGGACCAUGCAGAACAAAACCAGGCUGGAGCUGGCAGACUAUGAGGCAGAGAACCUAGCGAGACUGCAGCGGGCCUUUGCCAGGAAGUGGGAGUUCAUCUUUAUGCAGGCUGAGGCCCAGCUGAAGAUCGACAGGAAGAAGGACAAGAACGAGCGGAAGAUCCUGGACAGCCAGGAGAGGGCCUUCUGGGAUGUCCACCGGCCCGUGCCAGGGUGCGUGAACACCACUGAGAUGGACAUCAGGAAGUGCCGGCGCAUGAAAAACCCACAGAAGGUGAAAAAGUCGGUGUACGGGCUCACCGAGGACUCCCAGUCGCAGAGCCCCAUCCACACACCGUCGCUGCAGGGCCGGAAGGACACCAAGGACGACGUGAAGAAGGAGAUCCUAUUUUUGAAUUCCCAGUUGGACAGACAUUGCAUGAAAGUGUCGAAAGUGGCUGAAACUCUAAUGGGUUACACGGAGCAGUAUUUGGACUACGACCCUUUCUUGACCACACCGGAGCCAUCCAAUCCCUGGGCCAGCGACGAUCCGUCCUUCUGGGACCUGGAGGCCAGUAAGGACCCGAGCCAGCAGCGUGUGAGGAAGUGGGGUUUCUCUCUGGACGAGGCCCUGAAGGACCCGGCGGGCCGUGACCAGUUCCUCCGAUUCCUCGAGUCAGAGUUCAGCUCCGAAAAUCUGCUGUUCUGGCUGGCGGUGCAGGAUCUGAAACGGCGACCCCUACAGGAAGUGGCCGGCCGAGCUCAGGACAUCUGGCAGGAGUUUCUGGCCGAGGGCGCCCCGCGCUCCAUCAACCUGGACUCCCACAGCUACGAGCGCACCAGCCAGAACCUCAAGGACCCGGGCCGCUACAGCUUCGAGGAUGCCCAGGAUCACAUCUAUAAGCUGAUGAAGAGUGACAGCUACGCGCGUUUCCUGAGGUCCAACGCCUACCAGGAUCUCCUGCUGGCCAGAAAGAAGCUGGAGACUACUGAACAGGGUCGACGAACAUCACUGGAGAAGUUCACUCGCAGUGUGGGCAAGUCUUUGACGGGGAAGAGGCUCACCGGCCUCAUGCAGUCCUCUUGACCAGGGGCUGUCAUGGACUGACCACGCCAGAAGACGUCACACUCAGCCACUGCCCUACAAGAGAUGCCAAAGCCCCUAUAAAUUGCCCCAAAGGGGGUAUGAGCUGGUGGUGGCGGGGCAAGAAGGUGACCACUGCCACAAUCAACCCAACGUCUCCUUUUUACCCCCCCUUAUACCCCCCCAUACCAAACCACCUUCUGUUUACGGUGAUGCCACAGUGUCCAAUCAGCAGAGUGCAAUAAGUCUUCAGCAAAACUAGAGAAGUCACUAGUCAGUCAGACAUCCAAGCUAACUCUGACCUCUCUACGCUCACUCCACAGAAAUUCUCACACACACAUUGACACACACUCUCUCUCUCUCUUUCUCUCUCUCACACACACACACACACACACACACACACACACACACACACACACACACACACACAUCCUACAUGAAGUGCAUAGCCAAAAUAUCUUUCUUUUUCCACCUCUUCAACAGAUGAAGUCAUUUUAACAGUCAGAUUAUGGACUGGCCAUUUUAAAAAAUUUUGGAAGGAUGGUUACACAAAGUGUUAAGUUUUGGCUAAGAAUAGGACCACGUGCCUCUUGGCUUCAGAGCAUUCCAAGUGUGGUAGGGCUGUGAACAGUGUGUUGCGUUGGUGUGGCAUUGCACCAAGACCAAGGGACAUUAGUGUUUGGGGCCCAUACAGGGAAGACUAAGUAACCAAGAAUGGGAAAAAAAUUGCAUUCAGAUCUGUCUUAACCAUGAGUCUCCAGGCAACCAAUACAUGGCCAAUGUUACCCUAUUAGAAAAGUGUUUCUCAGUAGGUUAAUAGGAAACCGUUCUGGAAAUUACUGCAUGUGUUCUUCAUGGGUCAAAUCUGUAUGUUCAUGGAUGUUCAAAUAUUUUGGACAGAUGAUCAAGGUUGGAAGAUUUUUUUGUGUGGUUUUAAAACCAAUGAAUACUUUAGCCCUGUUAGUCCAAGUAACAGGUGCAUCCAUCUAAUUGUCUGAUGACGCUCAAUUAUACUGCCUGAUUCAAAGCACAAUGUCUCAACCAGGUUGUCACAUAAAGACAGGUGGGGGUGUACAUGUAGCCUACAACAUAAAUCUAUGUAACCUAUUUUACUCAAGGUCUGCCAAACCAUCUGCUCAUAUAGAGACCAUGUUUAUGGCUUCAUCAAACUAGGCCUAUAUCAAGCAGGGGCCUUGGUAACAUGUCCACUUUGUCUUGCCUGCUUGUUUGUUUCUGUUCAUAGAGUUGUAAAUAGAUUCUGAAUGUAAAAUAAAGCAUAAUUCUAAUCACAUCAAAUGUUUAGAUUUUAUAAACAAAUAUUAUUCUAGCCUGAGGAAUCCAUGAACAGGGUGAGAGGUUGGGAACUGAGGGGUAAGGGAGUUGAUCUUGAGUGUGGGCUGGAGAUAUCAACCAUAGACUGAACCACACCUUUCUGUGAAAAGGACACAGAGGCCUCAGCUCUGACUCCCGUCUGAAAAUCUGUUCAGGCUACUCAGAAGUGAGAGCAGGACGGAUGACACUCUGUGCCCGAUUACAACCGAGAGACCGAGGACCUUCAGUUGCCACCAAAGUUAAAGAGAUUAUUGCUGAAGGUGACUUACCUGGCAGCGUCAAUGACGUCGCGGUGUUUACGAAUGAUCACAACGGACACGUGUACACGAGUGUCAACCUCUGUGCUGAUAUGUAAUCUGCCAGUUCGUGCGCAGCAGUGGGAGAAUUGAUUCUACACCAAGUGUUUGUGGUUGACUACUGCCCUCUGGUGGCGAAGAGCUGUUACUGCCAUCGGCACUUCUGAAAGUGCUGUGUGUCACGACACCGAAUGAACAGACUGUUCCAAAGCCUUUUGAUUUUUAAAUCUUUCACUAGAAAUGUAUUUAAAGGCACUGUGCUGAACUGCAUCGUAUAUCGUUGUAACACUUACAGGAGAAAAAAAACUGGUUGGUUUGCAAGAGGGCUCUGAAGAAUCAUUGUUGAAAAACUGGGCACAAGCCUACAAGCAUUGUAUGCGGUAUUGAGUAAUGAAGGUAGGCUAGAUUAUCUAAUGUAGAGGCACACGUGCUAUGAAGGGCACACAACUAUGCAUGGGGUUAUAUCUGAAGACUUUUAAUGCUUCUAGUUUUUCAGUCUUGGAAAAAAGUGAAGGGUAAACGAAAAGACUACACC